AUGGCGCCCACAGACAAAAAUCCAGUUCAGGUGCAGUAUUACGCCAAAGGCAAGCAGGCAGCGGAAUUUAGUUCCAAUGGACCGGUACCGGCGCCCUUGAUUCUCAUCCAUGACGGCGGGGGCACGACCUUUGCAUACUUCACCAUCGGCCGCCUCGAGCGCGAUGUUUGGGCCAUACAUAGCCCGACCUUUACGUCGGCGCAGCCAUGGGAGGGCGGCAUGGAUGGCAUGGCGAAGCAUUACAUUGAGCUGAUUGAGAAAGUUGCGGGGAUCAAGGGCAAAAUCUUGCUUGGAGGAUGGUCUCUCGGCGGCUAUGUUGCUCUAACUAUGGCACAUCUUAUCGCGUCAUCCCCAGAGUCCUUUGAACUCUCUGUCGACGGCGUACUCAUGAUGGAUUCGCCAUGGCUUGUUGCGGGAUGGGACCUACCCAUCGGCACACCUCAGCCCGCCCUAAUCGGCAUUCCGGAUCUGGUACGCAAGUCACUCGACAAUUGUGAGCGUAUGCUGUAUCACUGGCAGCUACCACAAUGGGGGCGGUCCUCUGGGAGGGCCUUCAAGUUCCUUGUCGGAAACGACAAGUUCGAGACUCCGCAUGGCACGGUUCUCUAUCGGUCCUUGAAGGGCGAUUGGCGCCUAGUUGACCGCAAGGUGCCGCACGAACCAACAGAGCAGCAAGCACUGCAGACGCCACCAUCCGGCCCGCCGCCCGUGGUCAUGCUACGGUCAGUAAUACCAGCACCCACGAAGGGAAGCUCGGGGAAACCGUGUCGUGUUGACCAGUUCCGAGAUGAACUGUUGCUGGGCUGGGACGGAAAGUACAAUACGGACAUGAUCCACGCGGUGCUGGAGGCCAGAUCGCACCAUUACGACAUGUUCAACCAGCUCUAUGUCGACGAGGUGACACAAACGAUGAAGGAAGCAAUUCAGAUUAUUGAAACAGUUGCGCCGAUUGAAUAA